UAGCAAACCCUUUUGUCCCUUUCCGUCAGCCCUCUAAAUACUUUUCGAAGAAUGCAGUUAGCGGGUGCUUCUCUCUUGAGAAAGAGUUCCUGGCACGCUUUGCAUAACCCAGCUGUACCACAGUGAGAGUUGAUGUUGAUAAAGGAAGUGGCCACAGUUACUAGGAGCGACGAAGAUGGAUAGAAACCAUGGGCCCUUCAUCUUCAUCAAGAACGCCUUGGCAAAAGCAUUGUAUGACAACAAAGCGGAGUGUCCAGAUGAGCUCGCCUUCCGCAGAGGAGACAUCCUGACAGUUCUGGAGCAGGAUCCCUUUGGGAACAAAGGAUGGUGGAAAUGUUCCCACCUUGGGAAGCAAGGCCUUGCUCCUGCAAAUCGUCUCCAGCUUCUGGUGCCUUCACAAGCCUCUUCCGCCCUACAUGACUCACAAGGCCUUCAGACCGCCCCAGGAACCAUCUAUCAGAUUCCCUCUAAGCACAAGUCUCCGUCCCGAGCAGCACCAGUCUACGAGAGAAUGGACAGUUGGAUCAAACCUCGUUCCUCUUCUGUGCCGAACCAAGAAACGUACCAAGUGCCAGCGUUGGCAGCCAGAUUGCUCAGUGAAAAAGCUCAGAGCUCAUCAAACCAGCACCUCUUUACGCUUCCUAGAGCAAGCUGGGCCUUCGCGCUGGCUAACAGAAGUGAUAUAUAUGAUGUCCCAUCACCACAGCGCCACAGGGCCUUAUUCUCACAGGGCCUUGCCACUCCGCCCUCAUCCAGAAAGGGCUCCCAAGUUCUUCACUCUGCAGAAAAUUGCCUGGAAGAGUCACCGCGGCUUUAUAAUGUCCCACUGAAUGUGCAAAAAACAAGCAUCUGUACACAGGAACCAGCCGUGAGUAAUGUGUAUGACAUACUUCCCACAGCUUCAAGAGAUCCUGGAAAAGCUAUAGAAGCAGGAAAGCAUUUGAGUCAUUACAAUACAUUGCCAAACCUUCGUAAAUCAGACUGGAUCUAUGAUAUACCUGAAAAAACAGGUUUAAAACAAACUCCACAGGGCCAGUCAUCAAAUAAACACAUGUUUUAUGACAUCCCUCCAUCGAGGCUUGAGUCUGACACACAGAAAUUCCCACCAAUCAACAGUGGAUGUCAAUCAACAAAUCCACAAUUAUACGAUGUUCCACCUGUCCAAAGGAAAUUAAGCCUUCAAGAGAGUCCUCUAUAUGAUGUACCAUCCACACAUGACGUUCUAGUUGUGCGUCAAAAUAGGAACUACCAUGUCCUUCCAGCUGCUGUGUCCUCCAGGACUGAAAAGGAGGACCAGCAGCAGACACUUUACGAUGUUCCAAAAAGAAUUGCUUCCCCGCAACAGAAUGGGGUUAAAAAAUGUAGCUAUAAUUCCAGAGACAUUUCCAAUUUUUCUUCACACUCACCAAGAGAUGCCAAAUCAAACCAAGACAGAUUGUCUGUCUCAAGUGUCGAGAGCCGGACCAGCACCAUAUCAACGUCCUCCAGCGCUUCCACCGAGUCUUUCUCAUCCAGCCCGUCGUCAUCUUCGGAUGAACCCAGCAAACAACCAACCAUGGAACUUGAGACGGCCAUAGAAACUUUGACCCAACUGCAGCACAGUGUGUCCAGUUCCAUUGCAAGUCUCAUGAUCUUUGUGAGCAGCAGGUGGAGGUAUCAGGAACAUCUAGAGGGGAACAUAGAGGAAAUCCAUCGUGCGGUCGAUCACAUCAAAGUCUCCUUGGGAGAAUUUUUGGAUUUUGCUCACACCAUUGAGGAAAACGCUGCUUGGGCCUCUGACAGCAAGCUUCGGGUGCGAAUCACAAAACAGCUCAGCAUCCUCACCGCCUCGUUUCAGAUUCUGGUGGAAAUGCGAGAAGCGUUGAAUAAAUGCGCAUGGUCACUCGAGGUCCUGGUGAUUCAAAAACCUCAGAGCAGCCCGGAUGACCUGGAUCGGUUUGUUAUGGUGGCCCGCACCAUCCCAGACGACAUCAAGAGAUUUGUCUCUAUAGUCAUUGCAAACGGGAAGCUCCUUUUCAGAAAGACCUGCCGGGAAACGAACGGCAAAGAGCCGAGACGCAGAAUGGCGAAGGACAGCCUUGAACGGCGAAGGGAAGACAAUUCGCUUCUAAGGAACGUUUUGGAUAAAUCGAAAGAAAACAGCUUGAAUGUGGAGAGGGCAAGAGCAGAAGUUACUGAAGACUGUGAUUAUGUGCAGAUACUGGGUUCCCCGUCUCAAAUGGAGCCUAACGUUCUGAGCAAGCAGGAUCCUGCCAAGAAAAUGGAGCUCUCUGAUCUCUGCAGACUGUAUUUCGGCGCUGUUCAGAAAGCUAUUGGCGUUCUCCAAGACAGUCUGAACAGAAAUCAAGCCCCAGAAAGCUUCAUAGCGCACAGCAAACUGGUCAUCAUGGUGGGCCAAAAGUUGGUGGACGCCCUGUGUCAGGAAGCCCUGGAGAAGACCACGCGGAAUGAGGUCCUAUGCUACAGCAGCAAGUUUUGCAGUCUUCUGAAGACUGUGGCCGUUGCCACCAAAAAUGCUGCUAUGCAAUAUCCAAGUGCUGAGGCCACAAGGGAACUUCAAUAUCAAGCUGAUGGGCUAUCUAAAUACACACAGCAGUUCCAAGCAAUGAUAGAAUGAAGUGCCCUUUCUGCUGGUGUCCUGAGGAUAUGCAGUGUUGUGACUGCAGCAACUGAGAUUAGAGAGCCAGGGUGGUGUAGUAGUUAAGAGUGCUGUAAUCUGGAGAACCGAGUUUGAUUCCUCACUCCUCCACUUGAGGAAUGGACUCUAUAAUUUGCUGAACUG